ACCACCCAUUGCUGUUUUCACAUUAAAUAUAUAAUCAUUCUAUUCCGCGGACUAAAUAGAUAGAGAUAAAAAGAGAGAAAUGGAGUCCCCACCACCUCCACCGCCACCACCCCCACCACCAUCAUCAUCAUCAUCAACGCCAUUGAAAACGGAGCUUUUGGAUGCUCCCCUGAAUGCAAUUGGCUUUCAGAUUGAACACCUGUCACCGGAUAAAGUCUCCGGUCGCCUUCAUGUCACCCACAACUGCUGUCAGCCGUUCAAGGUUUUGCACGGAGGAGUGUCGGCGUUGAUAGCGGAGUCACUGGCGAGCAUUGGGGCUCACAUGGCCUCCGGGCUGAGGAGGGUCGCCGGAAUUCACCUCAGCAUCAAUCACUUGAAGAGCGCUACCCUCGGCGACCUUGUACUAGCUGAAGCCACCCCACUCAACGUUGGCAAAACAAUCCAGGUAUGGGAGGUAAAGCUCUAUAAGACUGAGCCUUCAAACUCAGAGAGGAGUUGUUUGAUAUCAUCUUCGAGGGUUACUCUUCUAUCCAACAUGCGUGUGCCAGAGCAUGCCAAAGAUGCCGGUGAAAAUCUUAAGAAGUAUGCAAAAUUAUGAGUCUAUGCUGUACUGUUUCCACAAUCAACAGCAGUAACAGCUUCAAUAACACUAGUCCAAGCAAGAAGAUUUGGUGUGGGGCAUGAUUUUCUGCCAGGGUGCAAAAGUACUAGUAUAAGAUGACAAUUAUUUGAGAGGUACAACAUGAGCCCAGCAACAAUGAGCUAGAUCAAAAGAGAAUAAAAAUGUCCUUUUGCACUAUUGGUUAAGAAAUGUCCUUUCCACUGCCUAGUCCGUAACUCCAUCCACAGUGAAUUUCUAUGUGCAACUAAUGUUUGAGAUUUUUGUGCAACUACUUUCUAUAUGCCAUCAAAUGUUUUUGAGA